AUGCGCGAAAUCGUUCACCUCCAGACCGGCCAGUGCGGCAACCAGAUCGGUAUGAAGUUCUGGGAGGUCGUCUCUGAUGAGCACGGACUCGACAACGAUGGCCACUACAAGGGCAACAACGACCUCCAGCUCGAGCGUAUCUCCGUCUACUACAACGAGGCCGGCACGAACAAGUAUGUUCCUCGCGCGGUCCUCGUCGACCUCGAGCCCGGCACCAUGGACGCCAUUCGCGGCGGCACAAUUGGCAACAUGUUCAGGCCAGACAACUUUGUAUUCGGUCAGAACGGUGCUGGUAACAACUGGGCAAAAGGACAUUACACGGAAGGUGCCGAGCUCGUCGACUCUGUUCUCGACGUUGUCCGCAAGGAGGCUGAGGGCACGGACGCCCUUCAGGGCUUCCAGAUCACGCACUCGCUUGGUGGUGGUACCGGCGCCGGUAUGGGCACACUCUUGAUCUCGAAGAUCCGCGAGGAGUACCCUGACCGCAUGAUGUGCACGUACUCCGUCGUGCCCUCACCGAAGGUGUCUGACACCGUCGUUGAGCCCUACAACGCAACGCUCUCCGUGCACCAGCUUGUCGAGAACUCCGACGAGACCUUCUGUAUCGACAACGAGGCGCUUUACGACAUCCACUUCCGCACGCUCAAGCUCGCCACGCCCACAUACGGCGACCUCAACCACCUCGUGUCCAUUGUCAUGUCCGGUAUCACAACUUGCUUGCGCUUCCCUGGUCAGCUUAACUCUGAUCUCCGCAAGCUCGCCGUCAACAUGGUGCCCUUCCCGCGUCUCCACUUCUUCUUGACUGGUUUCGCACCCUUGACUGCUCGCGGCUCGCAGCAGUACCGCGCUGUCUCUGUCCCCGAGUUGACCCAGCAAAUGUUCGACGCAAAGAAUAUGAUGGCUGCAUCCGACCCGAGGCACGGUCGUUACCUCACCGUUGCCGCCGUCUUCCGUGGCAAGGUCUCGAUGAAGGAGGUCGAGGAGCAGAUGCAGAACGUUCAGAACAAGAACUCUGCGUACUUCGUCGAGUGGAUCCCCAACAACGUUCUCACUGCGCAGUGUGACAUCCCGCCGCGUGGCUUGAAGAUGGCCGUCACUUUCCUCGGCAACAGCACCGCCAUUCAGGAGCUCUUCCGCCGCGUCAGCGACCAGUUCACUGCCAUGUUCAAGCGCAAGGCGUUCUUGCAUUGGUACACCCAGGAGGGUAUGGACGAGAUGGAGUUCACGGAGGCCGAGUCAAACAUGCAGGACUUGGUUGCCGAGUACCAGCAGUACCAGGACGCGACCGCUGAGGAGGAGGGCGAGUACGAGGAGGAGGUCGUUCAGGAGGAGGAGUAA